GCACAACAUGGACCAUCUUAGCUGAUAAGAAAUGAACUUCUCACAAUUUUCACUGUGACACAGAGGAGGAGCCUGAGAAUCUGAGCAAUAUUUAAUAUAGAGUCAUCUGAGACUAGAUAACACAGUCACAACACAAACGAUGAUGCUGGUUUUUGCUGUUCUUCUCCCUGUUCUUAUGGGAAGUGUGGCCACUGAUGAAUUCAAGCCUGUUGACUGUUCUCAGAUUAAUACUAAAGGACAAACGGUCAGUGGCAUUUACUCCAUCUAUCCGGCAGGGAACAUUCCUGUCUGGGUGUACUGUGACAUGGUCACAACAGGUGCAGAUGAUGAUAAAGGAGGAUGGACGGUGUUCCAGAGAAGAAUGGAUGGUAUUAUUAAUUUUUAUCUGCCGUGGAACGAGUACAAAAGAGGUUUUGGGGCCACUGAGGGCGAGUAUUGGCUAGGGUUGGAGACCAUGUACCAGCUCACACGUAACAGGAAGUACAUGCUGAGAGUGGACAUGGAGGACUUUACAGGAAGCAAAGGUUACGCUCUGUACUCGUCUUUCUCUGUGGACUCUGAAGCAGAUGGGUAUCGACUGCAUGUUUCAGGGUUCAAAGAUGGAGGAGCAGGGGACUCUUUGACCUAUCACGACGGACAGAAGUUCACCACUUUUGACAAAGAUCAAGACGCCUUUGGAAAAAACUGUGCAAAGGAAUAUCUUGGAGCAUUUUGGUACACAUCCUGUCACUAUGCAAACCCCAACGGUGUGUACACAAGGGGAGAAGAUGACAAUCAUGUAGCCAUUGCAAAUGCUUGGUAUCACUGGAAGAACAAUUAUGUUGGGUUGAAGUCGAUCAGUAUGAAGAUCAGAAGUGUGUCUUAGGUUGCUGUAGGCACAUCACAGAGUCUCAAACAUUGUGUUAUAAUUCUAUGGCAAAUGUUCAUGUUUCCCAACUCUGUAACUGAAUAAAUCAGUCAUUGUUUUUCUUUUGGUUUUGGUCAGCUCAUUUAAUUUAGUAUUAAAUGAAUCAAUUGUUCAAAAAACCUUCAAUAAACUCAUGCAUUGAA